UUCACUCAGUGGUAAUUGUGUAGGAUACCUGAAGUAGAGUUCAAAAGUCUCCACUGUUCUUAGUUCACAAGUUCCUGAGAAGCUGCAUUUCUCAACCGAAGGGCUGGAAAAGAAAGGUUUGGAUUGUUUUUUGGGAGGAGGAAGGUUACCAGUUUAUGAAUAUUUUUUUGAAAAAGAUUCAAGACUCCAAAACUGGAUGUUUAAGGCAGAACAUCGGUAAUGCUUUGGUUAUUUGUUUGGCAUUGAUUUUUUUUUUUUUUUUUUUUAAAUAGAAAGUAUUUCCACUUUCUAUUUAACUCUUGUUAUGCUGAACUUACCAAAAUUUUACAUUUUACAUACAGAUACUAUGGAUAACCUUCACUUGAGUAUUAUAGCUGUGGUCCUUUUCUUUAAUCUUCCUGGAUCAGUGGGAACCAAGUCAUAGCAGGUUGUUCUUCAUAUGCAUCACCAUUCGGAGUGCCGACGGGAUGGGGAGUUCUUACUGAACUGUUCUUUUACCAGAAUCAUUAUUACAGAAGAUAUAUCACAAACAGCAAUAAUGGCUGAUUUUAGCUACAAUAAUAUUAAAACUUUUCUGUGCACUGGUGGAAAAAAUGAAGAAUGGAUGCUAAAACACCUGAACCUCAGUAACAACCUGAUUUCUGAGCUCUCCUUAACUCCAAAUUUACCCAUUUUAGAAAUUCUAGGCCUCGGUGGUAAUGCCAUCCACACCCUCACACUGGACACACCUACACCUGCAUGUGGGUCUAAAAAGUAUGGAAAAGUCAACCAUCUUCUGCCUGCUUUGAAAGUAUUAUCAGUUGAAAGAAAUAAACUUAACAUGAUUCCAAGAGGACUAGGCCUGCUGCAAUCUUUACAAACUGUCCAUAUGUCAUCCAAUGACAUAUGGCAGAUUGAUGUGAAUGAUUUUCAAAUCUGUUCACAGCUGAAGGACAUUGACUUGCAAAACAAGGUAACUAAAAUUCAUCCGGAUGCCUUCAGGGAUCUCAACAAACUACAGGUCAUGGACCUCCGUGGAAAUGCUCUGACAACCCCUCUACCACAGAUAGUAAUCAGUUUGAACUUCUUUCAACUUGAAGUGGAUUUGUCAUACAAUGCCUGGAUAUUUAACUGCAGACUAAAUGCUUUCAAACAGUCAUUUAGUUUCCUUUUUGACUCCUCAAAGAAAGAAUAGAGUAUUUCAUACAAUGAAUCUGCCAACAGCACACAGAAACCUCUGCUGUAUCUGUCAGGUUUCCAUUUAAACUGCAGCAACCAUGUUUUGCUCAAAAGGGCUGUAAUCCCAGCAGGGAAGACAUCAGUGCUAAACUGUAACUUGGACAACACAAGGGGUAAUGGAGUCACUUGGUAGGCACCUAAAGGCAGAAUUUCAAAAGGUAAUAGCAUUCCUUGCAUGACGCUGGAUAAAAUGAAUAAUUUAGUGAUACACAAUGCUGAGAAAACUGCUGAAGGGUUAUAUUUGUGUAUUUUUAAUACAGCAAAGAAAUAUCUCAUCUACAAUACAAAGGUGAAAGAAAGGGUUUCAACAUUGUUGGUUAGAAAAGCCCGGGACACCAACACUGUUUCCAGACAAGGAAGAACAGAGCAAGACCUUGCACUGGCUGCCUGCCUCUCGGUGCAAAAGCUUUGUGCUUUUUGUCUGGGUGCUUUUGCUAGACCCUACCUUGUGAGCCUGUGAAAAUUCAUGUGCAGGAGCCGAUUCAGGGGUUCAGAACACACUUAUUCUAAUCAAGCUUUUUCAGGUGAAACAUUGUGCAGAGCAUGCUCUGCAAGCAAACCAACAAAUGCGCAGCACGAUUUGUUCAUUUGUGAUGAGAAUUCUUCAAGAAACACACGUAUUUUUCCUGGGGAAACUUCUACUUUGCAUGAAAAUGUCAUCGGUAGCAGUGUACACGCACAAAAUACUGAAGAAGAGUACCAGAAACAAAGCAAUAAUGGGAUCAAUGUGAAUAAAAUAACCCAGUGUUUCGACAUCAAAACUAGUACCAGCAGUGAUGAAAAUAUAGAUGUUGAUGAUAACAGACUAUUUUCUGUAAGGGUAAAUUACAAGAACAGCAAUGAAGUAACACCAAGAAAAUUAAUGACUAAUGACAUUUCAUUAUGGAAAGAUUCAAAAUAUGCAAAUAAUGAAGACUCAGAGAAGAGCAGGUUCCCUCCCAUAUCCAGGAGAUUGAAUGCUAGCAGUUGCAACACCGACUCUUCAGAUUUGGAUUUAUCCUUCAUGGGGGAAACUGGCUUUCCAUUUUUCACAAUACAAACACAUACAGUUGCACAAGAUUGUAGGAACAGUGACAUAAACAACUCUGGCCUGCUCCAGUCUGAAAUCACAAAGGCUACACCAGAUUUAUCUGAAAGAGAAGGUAUCGUUUAACAUAAUGAACCCAUGAGCCCUACAAAAUAUAUGCCUGGAAGGCGAAGCUGUGAUGAACAACUGGGUCUAAACGGCAACAUAAAUAUAACCAGCCAUGUGGGAAAUUAUAUUUUACCCUGUAGCUGCAAGAGAGAUACAAACAUGGAGAAUUUAAGUGUCUACCACAACUCUCCUCCUACAAAGUACGACUGUAAAAUGGAACGUACAAAUGAAAAAAAUGCUUCAGCAGAUAUAUUUAGUGAUAGCUCUUCAGAUGAAGGGACUCCAUUCACAAUGAGCAACUGUAGUUCUUUAGCAGACUCUGAACUGGAACACCCUGAAGUUAGCAACAACCUGCUGUUCUGUCAACCUUCACUAGAGGAAGCCAAUAUGAACAGUGGAACUGGGAAGUUCUCAACACUGCCAGAGCCCCCAAAAACUGCUGCUGAACUUCAGCAUACUGGGAAAAAUGGGGAUGAGAACAGCAUGUAUUUCGAAACCACUAUUAAGCUUGCAACAGCAUCACCUUACGUUGAUACAUGUAGUGACCACAUAAGCAUUACAGAUUUUGGUAACACGUUACUUUCGUUACAUUUUCCCGUGCAUGACACAGCCACAGAGAACACUCCUGAAGAGGCUGAAAGGAAUCACCGUGAAGGGGGCACUACAUUAAGAAGAAACACAAGUACAUCUGAGGACAAACAUUUUACUUUUGCUCCUAAUGAUACCGGUUUGAGUGAAAUUGUUAAAAACACAUCACUACUGCAUUCCAGCAAUGAGUCACAUCUCCAAUCUCUGCCUGAACACACAGCUGAAAAACAUUUUACAGUCAUUACAGAGAAGGACGACUCGCUACCACAGGGGAAACAGGUGAACACAACUAAGGCUUGUGCAGAUAAAAUGGAAAGAGGUUUUAACGAGAAAAGCUGUGAUAAAUACAGGGAAUUAUAGGAUACCAGCAACUGUAGUUUGCCCGAAGAAACCCAGUCUUGCAAUCUGACAGCAGAUUUGCUGCAUCUUCACUCUCCUGGGAAAACACAAUCAGCCUUCAACACAGAAGAUCAUUUCCAACUGGAUCAGAGAGACAAGGAUGCAUAUUCCUUCUCAGUCCCACAAGGAUUUUUCAAUGAAAGCACACAAUGCAGUUCAUGUUCAUUCCCACUAAAAAUUACAGAAAAUACAAUGUCCAAAAGCACAGAUUCCAGCAAGAUGGAGGAUGACACUACUUUGACAGGACUGGAGAACAGUUCUCCAGCUGUCAGUCUCCAAAAUUCAAGUGAAAAACUCGAUCCAAAAGGUCAGACCAAUUUAAGACAGGACCAGUUUUUUGUUAAAAAGAAAAGAGCAUUUGAUGGAUUUGCUAAUGUUUUGCAAAGCAGGAGGACAAACUUCAACAGCUGAGAUGCAGAACUCCCAGAGAAUUUUUGUCAUCCAGUAAGAUGCAAAAAUGAUUGUCUUAAAAUGAAGUAUCUAGCUUUUAAUAACUGUUAAAUACCAUGGGAUGCGGUUUUUUGUGUCCCCAUCCCCCGUCCCCCAUCCCCCAAUACAACUUUCUAUCUGCCAUUAACUUCAGAAAUCCAAGUUAUGGAACUAGACUUAACCAUGAGAGGUUAAAGCCUGGAUCCAUCCCAUUUAAAAAACACCGUCAUUCCAAAGGGUAAUUCAGGCCAGAAGCCAUGGACUUUUGUUUAAAGGGUACUUUUUAAAAAAACCAAGAAUAAUUUCUAUGAAAAACAGCUCUAGGAUACUCAAAUGAGUAAACUACUCAGUAGUUCUAACUGAUAAUAAAGCUUUUGCUGAGUUACUUUCUCAUUAUUAUUGGUACCAAGAUAUUAGAUUUCCUUAGAAUUUGCCUCUGAUAUGUGCCGUUCUGUUUCUCUUUGUCUAAAAUAAAUGUAACUGAAAUUAUCAUUACAUUAUUUAUUAUUAUUGUGUUUUCCUGUGGGACUCACCCUUCACAGUGAAAUUAUACGUAUUACUGUCUUCUGCUUUUUGAACCAAAUUUUUAGAUUAAGUGUCUCUGAAUUCCCACAGUUUUGCAAAGAUAGGUCAAGUCCAAGCAGUAUUCAAUUACAUUUUAAAAAAUUACUUUUUAACUUGGCAAGACAUAGAAUGAAACCCUUCUUUCUCAAAGAAACUGAAUAGACCUCAAGCCUUGCAGAAAAGUCAGUCAUGGAGAUCUAGCUACUGAUGGGACACCGCCUGUAGUUUGUAGAUGUGAUGACACAGGCAGGGUAAUUAAAAAAAAAAAAAAUAAUCUGCUAUUGCUAAACUCUAAUUCUCUAUAAAAAAGGAUCCUAUACCCACUUCAAAAUUUUACUGAGAGGCAAAUCAAGAGCAGCUCAAAACUGUGUGUUAAAAUAACACUAGCUUGAUAUACAGCAACCUUUUCUAAGCCAAAAGAUAACAAAUUAAGGUAAAAUUUUCUCUGAACAGGGCCCAAGGCCCUUUUCACAUACACAGUAUCAUCAAUGUAGUCCUUGAAAGGGAAAGUCAUUACAAAGGUGAACAAGCCUGUGUUCCCAGAAAACGUAGGAGGCUGGGCAGCAACUCUGGGAAAACUCUUACCAAGACACAAUUAAUUCACUAAAAACUCUGAACAGAAGGAACACAUUUCAAUUCCACCAGAUGAGGAGCAAGUCCAACGGCACAGUACAUCUUUGAAACUGCCUUUAAAGAGAAAGCUAGAAAAGAACAAAGAGAUGCUGACAGAAGCUAAUAAUUUGUUAGCUUUGCAUAUUUGGAACUAAAGAAAAAGAAAAUCAAGUACUGCAAAAAAAUUUAACAGGCAAGUAAGGAGACCAGUACAGAUAUUAUUUGAUCUUUGGAAAAAUAUUUUCUUUAGCACCUCGAGUUUCUGUUAAAUAAUUGUUCUACAUAUCUAACAUCACAAUUAUCAAUUAUGUAUUUUCUAAGCCAAGCCACCUACAUUCAGAUCUCCUGCUGGCUUCUUUGGGGACUUUUUCUAGUUUAUUUUCUCAAAACCUCUAACAUAACUAACUCAGAAGAGAUUAUAUGGCAGUUUCAGGCAGGUGUUGCACGGAUUUGAUUUAGGGCACCACAGUAUCUGCAAGUAAUUGCAGUCAAUAACAUCUGUAAUCAAAUUACAAGCAAUGAAUCUACUGUUCUUGCUUUUCGAUUAGUUCUUAGAAGAUUUCUAUUAUUUUUGCACCAGUAAUCAGUGAUAUCUAAAUUGAUAACUAAGAAAAUUUUUUAAGAGCGGGUACUGGCUUAAUUUCUUCGGUAGGAGUCAGCUCAGGAACCAAGGAUGAAAUCACCUUCUAAAGAAACUGAUAAUUUGCCAUCAAAUUAUUCAUGAGUUUAAGGGUCUGAUUUUGUUUUCUGUUUUUCAAACACAAGAAAAAGCUUUACACAUUUAACUGUCCAGAAUUGUUCAUACAGUCUGACUAGACAAGUAGUAAAUGACAAAACACUCAAAUCUGCAAAAAUCAUAGCAUUCCCAGAAGUGUUAAAAAUACAGUAACUCUAAAAUAAGGUAUGUUUCCCAAUACAACUCAUUACUUGAUUACACAAAUGUCUGUAAAUGUUACAUCCUGUUCUACUGCAAUUUUUCUCUCCUAAUCCCCACACAAUCUCAAUAUUCACGUAAUGCCCUGGCUUCUAUUGAAUUUAAGGCUGCUCUUCUCAGAGAACAGUAUGUGACACAAAACACAACUGUGUUUUUAGAGUCUGUCUAGGACUGGGUAAUCAGAGCACGAUUCCUCAUAGGAACAGCUAUAUAGCCACUAGGAGCAGAAAACAGAACAGUAUUUCCUCACCACCAGUGCUCUCCUUAGAGCCCAUAACCAACUUUCAGUAAAGCUCAUUAUACACAGAAGUUACUUGCAGCCAAAGCAACUUUACAACCGGAAUACAUAAAACUUCAGAUCCCUCUUUAUGGUAUGUGAAUCUUCACACACUGUGUUGACAGACCUCUCCAAAGCCUGUCGCCUUUCGGCUGUACUAGCUGCUAACAAGUUAAGAAAUGCAACUACAUAAGCAAGCCAAUUUCGUGGAUCAUGGGGGGAAAGCAAAAAAGCAAAAAACCCUGAGCGGUUCUAUUGAUGUCUCAUACACAGCAAUGUUUUGUCAUUUGCUUCUGCUACGGUUCAGCAUACUUUCAAAAUAUAUAUUGGCAAAUAAUUUUCUCAUCUUUAUACUGAUCACAGGAAGGCUGCGGUGGUGGCAGACAGUACACUACUUGUGAGAAGCUGCAAGUUUUCUAAGCCUCUCUUCAUGCCAUAAAGUUACAGAAAAAGGUUAUCUGCUGUUCUCAUCACAAAAAAAAUAUCGGCUCCUUCAUCACAGGAUUUUUUAACGUGACAAAGUAUUUCAUUUACUGUCAGAAUAUUGUUGAUGUUCUGCCUCAAACUUACCUUGAGAUUUCUGCCUGAUCUUGCACCUUUCCUUUCCUACUGAUCUCUCCAGACACUCUUAUUACCUGUUCAUUCAAACCCAAACACUCAGCUGCUUCUCCUUCAUAUUAGUUCCUCACUUCAUUAGAAAUUGGUCUUAAACCCUUUUAUAUUUUCUGUGGCUUCCAAGCAGUACUCUUCAUACUUGGCUCCUCUCCGUCCAUCCUAUUUUGCCAUGUGUUCUCUAUACAAUAGCUACACAGUCCCCUACUCACUGACUCCCUCCAAGAUUUUACCCCCUCACUUUUCUUUACCUUUCGGCAACUAUCAAUCUACUAUAUCUUGUUCACACUGAAAAUGCCAAUAGUUUAGCUGGUUUGGUCACCAAGAAUAGUCUAGAACACCUACACUAGUACAAAACCAGUUGCUGUUAUGGGGUAUAAGUAUACAUCAUACAGACACUGCCUUCCUUUUUUUUCCCUGCAUAGAAGUUACAGAGAGACGUAACUGCAACUGCUCCUGCCCUAGGGAUGUUGAAACUUCUUUAGCUUCAUCAGUAACUUCAGGUAGCAAAACUAAUGUUCAGCUAAGACUUACGUUACUAUCACAGUUGAUAGUGGGUAAACAGACUACUCAAGAAAAAAGGUGGCUAAGCAUAUGUUGUAUGAAUUCGUAAAUGAAGCAUGAGGAAGCAGCCAAGACGAUGCUGGUACUAGUGGAGGAAACCCUUCUCACAGGGCAAUGGCACCCUGAACCCCAAGGUUGACAGGACACAGUAUCCCUCAUACAGUGAAUCAGCACAUGAAAAAAUACUGAAGUCUUAAGAGUAGAUUGAGAACUUCAGAUAUUGUAAUCAGAAUGAGACAAAGCUCUCAUUUUCAAACACGUAUUUAUGAUACUUGUGUAAUUACCAAGUUGUUUGCUGCAGGUACAAAGCAUUUCAGUCUUUCCAGAGCACGCUGAUAAGUGGCCUGGAAAACCACCCUUGAAUGUAAAGACAAGACAUUCACAUUUAACCUACAUAAAAUUAACAUCGGAAAAUAUUUGGGUAUUAAUAUUGAAGAUUUCAUGGUACGGAAUCUGAUAAAUACAAGCAGCAGGCUACAUUCUGAAAACUGGUGAAGGCAAUCCCAGCCUUCACCACCAGUAUGAAAGUAAUGAAGAGCUGCUUCUCUAGAAAGGGGCUCUACAUCACAAUAUUCUAAUUGUAAUAUAUAUUCAAUUUAAAAUAUUAUUUUAAGCCAAGAACCUCAGGACUAGUAGCUCAAAUCGUGGCUCCUUCAAUGACUACAUUUGUGAAAGUAUUAUGGACAUUUAGGCUGUAGUCUUCAUGUCAUUGCUAGCAGCUUUUCUACUGCUCUGCUUAGGUACUAUCACUUUUGCUUUAAAAAGAUCAAUGCAACAGCUCAUGACAAGUCAAAUAAAUAAAAUCUCUUCUAAAAAGUAAGAAAAACACAAGCAUUUAAGGUCAUGAACAGACCCUCAACUCAAAAUAUCACCCCAUUUAAAUACUACUAAGACCACCCUUCUCUUCCAGCAUUACAUUUGAGUAACUUAGAGAACUGCCUUUAGCAUAUGCCUUUAGAAAGCACAGAAUCACAGACUAGCUGAAGUUGGAAGGGACCUCUGGAGUUUAGCUAGUCCAAUCCCUCUUCUCAAACAGGGUCACCUACAGCCAGUUGCCCAGGCCAUGUCCAGAUGGCUUUUGGGUAUCUCCAAGGACGGAGACUCCACAACCUCCUUGGGCAACCUGUGCCAGUGCUCAGUCACCCUCACAGCCAAAAAGUGUUUCCUGACGUUUCAAACUGAGCCUUCGGUGUUUCCGUUUGUGUCCAUUACUGUCUGGUUCCAUCACUGGGCUCUGCUGAAAAAGUCUGGCUCUAUCUUCUUUACAGCCUCCUUUCAGAUAUUUACAUACAUUAGCAAGAUCCCACCCCCCCACCCCCACCCCCGGCAUCUUCUCUUCUGGAGGCUAAACAGUCCCAGCUCUUUCAGCGUUUCCUCAUAGGAGAGAAGCUCCAGCCCCUUCAUCAUCUUCGUGGCCCUUUGCUGGACUCUCUCCAAGGUGUCAGUGUCUCUCUGGUAUUGCAGAGCCCAGAAGACGACGCAGUACUUCAUGUGUGGCCUCACCAGUGCUGAGCAAGGGGAAGUAUCAUCUCCCUCAGCCUGCUGGCAAUACUUUCUCUAAUGCAGCCCAGGAUACCAUUUGCCAUCAUUGUGGCACGGGCACAUUGCUGGCUCAUCUUCCAACUUGGUGUCCAUCAGGAACCCAGUCCCUUUUCUGCCCCAGCAUAUGUUGGUACAUAGGGUUGCUCCUCCCCAGGCACAGGCCUUUGCACUUCUCCUUGUUAAAAUUUGCGAAGUUCCUCUCAGCCCAUUUCUCCAGCUUGUUGAGGUCCCUCUGGACAGCAGCAUGACCCUCUGGUGUAUGAGCCACUCCUUCCAGUUUGGGGUCAUCAGAUAACUUGCUGAGAGUGCAUUCUAGCCCCUCAUCCAGGUCAUAAAUGAAAAAGCAGGACUGGAUCCCUGCAUUGACCCCUGGGGUACAGCACUUGUUACUUGCCUCAAACUAGACUUAGCACUGCUGACCACCGCCUUCUGGGCCCUGCCAUUCAGCCAGUUUUCAGUCUGCUUCACUGUCUGUUCAUCCAGCCUAUACAUCAACAGCUUUGCUACGAGGACCUCAAGGGCCAAAAAGUGUGGGCUGAGAUGAGUGGGACAUUCCCGCUCAAAUGGACUCUUCUCAUUGAAAACAUUUGUAUUACAAUACUGUUUUACAUCUACACACUCCAUUUGAAACAUACCUUUUUCCAACCAAGUUUUAAAUACUGAUUUACCUUACUAUUAGAAAUAAGGAUGACAAGAUUG